UUGCUGACUCCUGAAGUUCUGACGCUGAUCGCAGGUACAACCACCAUGUGAAAUAACUUCGAAGAAUGACGGGGUUGGAAGGAACCGGUCAGACAUCGAAUUGUGCAGUUGCGAAUAAACGGAAUAGAAAACAAGAAAAGAGGAACCCGCUGGCAUUCUCACACCUAUUUCUCAAUAUCCGCGAAAAUUUCCACUCUUAUGCAUUUUAUAAGAAUCCGACGUUCCUUGCGAUCGUGAUCGAAGAAAAAUAAUUCUUCGAAGAGUAAAACAGUAUUUCGAUCUCAUUCAGAAUUGUUUCGCAACGCGUUUUUCCCUUCGUCGUAUGGAAGCGCUAACGAUUUCCGUCAUGAAAAAUCCAAGAUUCAUAUAAACACGCGAACAGGAUAAUCAGAUGGUCAGUGUAACUCAGUGCCAAGGAUGGAUGUCAGCUCCUUGAAAUGGAUAUUGCUGUUGGUCGUGGCGAUCUGCUCUAACAGCGUUCAACAACCGACUUUCUUCAAGAAUACCUUCAAAGGCCUGAACGGUGUCGUGCCGCGGCAGAACACGUUUGAUAGAAAUGAGAUCAGAGCCGUCUAUUACCAUGAUCAAACUGUUGCGAUCGUCGACCUCGAUAACAAUAACGAACUCCAAAAUUGCAAUCUGAUCGAAGUAUAUGAGCCAUACGAGGCGGACGAGGUUUUGAGAAAUUUGUCGACAACAGUUAUACCUCAGCUGGUAUCUUUUCAAGAAAUGACGCGUCUUAUGCAACAAUGCGAACUGCUGGAAAGAAUAAAGGAGAACGAGUUAUCCACUUCCAUGACGAGCAGCGUGAGCAAAAGUAGUCGCGGCGUAAGUAGCGUGCUGUCUCUUCUCUCGGGCAUCCUGCCAGGUACAAAAUGGUGCGGAACCGGGGAUAUCGCUGAGAAUUAUCAUGAUUUAGGCCAGGAGGUUCAAAUCGAUAGAUGUUGCCGCAGCCACGAUCUUUGUCCCGUUAAAGUUCGAGCUCGCCAAACGCGGUACAAUCUCACCAAUUACUCCAUGUACACUAAGUCGCACUGCGAUUGUGACGAGGCGCUCUACCAUUGUUUAAAGGCCACGAUGCAUCCAACGGCGCGAGUCAUAGGUGAAAUAUAUUUUAACGUAAUCAAGGUCUCCUGCAUCGAGGAUGUUCCACAGAACGAUUAUGCUUCCAUAGAAUUAAGACGACACUUUAUUCCUACCAAAAUGAAGUAUUAAAACCGUCAAUAUUAAUUGUUGUAAAGCGUGUCGGGCUUAUGAUUAUUGGUACUGUUAUAAAUAUGUAAAUACAAUUUACAAAACUUA